ACUUGAGCUUGAUUAUCAUUGUCAAGGAAUAAUGCUGCGUGGUAUUUUUUCCUUUUCUGUCCUCGGUCACCUCUCCGUUUCCUGGUACUCUAACCAAGCUAACGAUCUCAAGUUCUAUCCUUUAAUUUCUCGCGACAUCAUCGUUGACUUUUCAAAGCUAGCGCAGACAAUCAAUCUCAACUCAUGGAAAUGUCCUACAACUGCAUGCUCUCUUCCUUUGUCUCAACAGUUUUCGGGUACGCUGUUAACUAGGUUUCUUCUGUGCAAGCCGGUUCCUAGGUCUUAACCCGAGGAGGUAGCCAGAUAUACCGAACUGUUCAUUCAACAAGCUUGGGAACGCAU